AUGAACCGCUACAAGACUGGAGGCCCUUCAAAGGCAUCAGUCACUACGUUGUGCCAGAAAUGCUUGAAGAGAGGCCAUUACAGCUACGAGUGCACGGCUUCCAAGGACGACCGACCAUACGUAUCGCGCCCUUCAAGGUCGCAACAGCUCUUGAAUCCAAAGUUGGCCCCAAAACUUUCUGCUGUUCUCCCAGAGCCCAAGCCUGCGUCCAGGAAAAUCGCGAGCGACGCGGAGGUAGCUCCUAGAGACACAUCACGAAGUCGCAAACGCAGCAUUGACUUGGACGGGCCGUCUGCAGGUAAACGCAUGCGCUCCAUUUCUUCGCACUCGUCGGACUCGGUGUCUACAAUCUCUACCAAUCGAUCGAAAUCUCGAUCACGAUCUCGCUCUCCUGAUCAACCUAGUCGACGACAACGUUCCAUCUCCCCUCGUAGAAAGAGGUCGCGUGAUGGAGAAAGAAGUUUGAGAAAGUCCCACGAUCCCGAAUCCAGACGAAGCCGGAGUCCAGAACCAGACCGCCGACCUUCUCAAAACCGCCAGAGCAAUCGGCAGAGAUCCUAUUCGCCUGCACGGUCUCGCCAAGCUGCCACAUCGACUGAAUGGCAGCGUUCUCCUAAUGUAGGAGCAGGGCAUACGGCCAAAGUAACAUCGGCGACGCGGGAGAGAAGUCUUAGUCCGUACAGCCAACGAAUCGCUCUUACCAAGGCCAGGAACCAAACAUAA